GAUUUAGGAGAAAGAUCAUGGUAAAGGUUAAGAAGGUGAAGGAGGAGUGUUCUGUAGAUUCAGCUAUAGAAGUUAGAGUCGCUGCGUGUUCUUCAUUAUCAUAUGGCAAUUGUGAUACCCCUGUUCUGAGAAGAAGCUCUGUUCUAGGGAGGCCGAUUGGUCCAACAAGACGUUCAAGGAAAGGAGGCUGGACAGAGAAAGAGGAUAUUGUUUUACGUGAAGUAGUCAAAGAAUACAACGGGAAGAAUUGGAAGCAAAUAGCUGCAUAUCUCCCUGGGCGGACAGAUGUUCAGUGCUUGCACCACUGGCAAAAGGUUUUGAAUCCUGAACUUGUAAAGGGAUAUUGGACAAAGGAGGAAGAUGAUUGUAUAAUUGAGUUUGUCAAAAAGCAUGGCUGCAAGAGAUGGUCUCUUAUAGCAAAGUCCUUAUCAGGUCGCAUAGGCAAGCAAUGCCGAGAGAGGUGGUACAAUCAUUUAGACCCAGCAAUAAAGAAAGAUGCAUGGACAGAAGAAGAGGAAUCAAUUAUUGCUUAUUACCACCAAAUCUAUGGUAACAAGUGGGCAGAAAUAGCAAGGUUUCUCCCUGGAAGGACUGACAAUGCAAUUAAGAAUCGUUGGAAUUGCUCAAUGAAGAGGAAACUGGAUUCAUCCUCAAUUGAUCGUCGUGAAAUGGAUAUGUACGAAACGAUGUCUCCUGAUUUCUGCAGUCCUGAAACAAAACCUAGAUCUCCUGAUUUUUGCAGUUCUAAAACAAAAAUUGAAUGCAGGAAGGUUGUAGUAGAGAGACGGAGUUUUAAUGAUCAAAGAAUGGGGUUGGAGCAUUGUGUUGACACUUGUUCUACGGAUUUGGUUCUUGGAAAUGCUUAUGGAAGAGAGAUUUGUUCAAUGGCAAAGUCUUCAGCUAACAAGCUUUCAGAAAGAGAGGAAAGUAAACUGUUUGAUGCACUAAAUGCAACAAAUUUUGAUGACACGGUUGCUGCUGCAAGUAGUACCUCCACUAGAUCUUUGACAGACAAUGUUAGCCAUGAUAAAACACAUGGACCCUUAUCAGCCCCUUGUUUGGAUGCAUCUGCUUGCACUAAACCAACUUGGAAUCCUGUUGAGGUACUUCCUGUUGGUCACAAAAUACUUGAUUUUCCUAAAAGGUUAAGGGAUUAUGCUUCAGGCGUUAAGAAUUCGAUAGCGGGGAAUGAAUAUGUCAAUCUAUGUUCAACUUCUUUAACACUGGGAUUUGGUGAUAACAUGGGUCAAGUUGGCAAGAAGAACAGAGUCUAUAGGGUUUUGCUACAUGCAGUGGAUAUAAAUCACGGUUGCUUGCCUUCUGAGCCACCUCUGCUGAAUGAUUCGAUUAAUGCUGUAGAAAAUAGUAGAUCUCCAAGUACAGAUGAUCAUGUUACGCAUCGAAACAGUCCAUUUUGCUAUUCUACUCCAACUUACCUUGGACGAAGAAUGUAUGCUAAUGGUAGCAGUCCAUCAUCUGUAUUAAGGAACUCGGCAAUGACCUUCAAGAAUACUCCUUCUAUAAUAAGGAAAAGGACUUCCUCAGAGACUGGUAAUGCCAACCUUCCUGGUGUCACCUGCACACCUGAAUUUACAGUCUCAUCUAUUCAGGACGAACACGAUGUCAAUAGUACAGACUUCCUAAACACGAAGCAUGGUUUACUCUCUUUCUUUCAUAGACCUGAAACUUCAGUUGUUGGUUCUCUGGGAAGGUGCCUCGAAUAUGCAUUUGACUUGGAAAAGGAUUCUGUCCCUGUUAAAUGUGGCAAAUUAGUAUCUGCAAGUGUGUCUCCAAAUAUUGAUAUUGGUGCAAAUACAAUGCUUACACCGUGA